AUGUCUCACACCGUCGAUAUUCCCCAGGCGCUCAAGGACUCACUUCGCAAGUUUCGUUUCCGACGCAGCAAAGGCAGUUCCGCAUUGGUAGUGAAGAUCAAUAAAGCUCAAUUAAUCAUGGAGGAGGCUGAGCUGCUUGACGAUAUCACCAUUGAGGAGCUUGCAGAGGAACUACCAGAGAACAGCCCACGCUACGUCGUACUCAGCUACGAACUCAAGCACAAAGACGGACGUGUCAGCUACCCGCUUGCGCUCAUCGACUGGAAGCCUAUUUCAAGCGAAAUCGGAAUGUUGACACUCCAUGCAUCUGCGCUACUUGACUUCCAAUCGGCAGCUGAUGUGAGCAAAGUGAUUGAGAUGCGGGACGGUCCGGAGGGUUUGACGACCGAAGUCAUCGAUGCUAAACUGCUUGGAUAA